AUGGCACGUCCUUCCUUGGUCUACUACUGCUCUGAGCGUGGUGUUUCAGGCUCUUUCAGGAGUUUCUUCUUCUUCAUCCCCACAACUUUAGCUCUUUUCACCUCUCUCUUCAUUCUCUUUUACAUUUACUCUACUUCCAAUCUCUUCACUCAUCACCACCACCAAUUCAUUUCACUCUCUUCCUUUUCCACUUUCCCCCCUUCUUCCACUCCCCUCUUCCACAACUCUGCUUCUCAGUCCACACAGUCUCACACUUUCCAUCUGGGUCAGAGCCCAAUACCACAAAGUCAACGCACUCUUCCACUGCCAUCACAAUUCAGCUUAAAGGGUACGCUAAAGUUUCAAUUUUUGUUUCUCUUUUCUGUUAGAGAAAUUGAGAAUAAGAGCGGCGUGUUCCAUGAUAGAGAUAUCUUUCUGGAAGACUAUAAAGAAAUGAAUAGGAGCUUAAAGAUAUAUGUUUAUCCUCACAGGGAAGAUGAUCCUUUUGCAAACGUGCUUUUGCCCGUGGAGUCUGAACCUGGUGGCAAUUAUGCCAGUGAAAGUUACUUUAAAAAUGUACUCAUGAAGAGCCAUUUCAUUACAAAAGACCCAACAGAAGCAGAUCUUUUCUUUCUGCCUUUUUCCAUAGCAAGAUUGCGGCAUGACCGAAGAGUUGGUGUAGGAGGUAUACAAGACUUCAUUAGAGACUACAUGCAGAAUAUCAGUCACAAGUAUCCAUAUUGGAACCGCACAGGUGGUGCUGAUCACUUUUAUGUUGCUUGUCAUUCAAUUGGAAGGUCUGCCAUGGACAAAGCGCCUGAUGUGAGAUUCAAUGCCAUUCAGGUUGUAUGCUCAUCUAGUUAUUUCCUAACUGGGUAUAUUGCUCAUAAGGAUACAUGCCUUCCACAAAUUUGGCCAAGAAAAGGAGCUACCCCUAACCUUGUUUCGUCAAAGAGGAAAAAGUUAGCAUUCUUUGCUGGAGCAGUUAAUUCGCCAAUACGUGUAAAGCUUCUUGAGACAUGGAAAAAUGACUCAGAAAUCUUUGUUCACCAUGGACGGCUCAAAACACCAUACGCAGACGAGCUGCUAGGAAGCAAGUUUUGCCUUCAUGUUAAAGGCUUUGAAGUGAACACAGCUCGUGUAGGAGAUUCUUUAUACUAUGGUUGUGUUCCAGUGAUCAUUGCCAAUUACUAUGACCUUCCAUUUGCUGAUGUGUUGAACUGGAAGAGCUUUUCGGUUGUUGUCAAUAGCUUAGAUAUACCUUUAUUGAAAAAGAUCCUGAAAGGUAUCAUCAGUUCUAAUGAAUAUUUGAUGUUACAAAGCAAUGUUUUGAAGGUGAGGCAACACUUCCAAUGGCAUUCACCACCCCUUGACUUUGAUGCAUUUUACAUGGUUAUGUAUGAAUUAUGGCUUAGAAGAAGUACUAUAAAAAUUGCUUUGGGUGACUCCAUGAACGGUAGAUUUAUGUGA